AUGGCCACUUGUGCGAGGACGGUGGUCGCGCGAACGGGCUCUACGGUGGCAGGAGGGGGCGUGGCUGGCCCGUCUGCCGCGACAGGAGGACGGGCGCCGUCGAGGAAGCGGGCGUGGGAGGGCGAGGAACCGAAGGCGAGCUUGCUGAAGCGCAUGGCGGGUCCGAGUGAUCUCAAGGCGGGAGUGGGUGGGAAGAAGACGGCCGAGGAGGUGCAGCGGAUCAUCUUCGAGGCGUCGAAAGGCUCAAAGUACUUCAAUGACCAGCAGCGCCGCGACAAGGAGCUCGAGGUCAAGGUCAACCGCCUUAAGGGCAUUCUCGCGUCAAAGGAGCUCACUGCGACAGGCGACGAAGAGCAGAACGUCGACGCCAUUCUCGAGGAGCUCGCUGAGAAGCGCGACUUGUCCCGCGUCAUUGCGCUCAUCGACGCAGACGCUUUCUACGCUGCCUGCCACGAGCUAGAGGACGCAUCGCUCAAAGGCACGGCGUUCGGCGUUGGCGGUGGGAUGCUCACUACGGCGAGCUACGAAGCCCGCAAGUACGGCUGCCGCUCCGCCAUGCCCCUCUUCAUCGCCAAGAAGCUCUGCCCGCACAUCAAGAGUCUCAAGAUGCAGCCCGACUUGUAUGUCGCCGCGUCGAAGAAGAUCAUGUCGGUCCUCGAGAAGUACGGCCCUAUCGCGCCCGCCAGUCUCGACGAAGCCUACGUCGACAUGACCGACUACUGCGCCAACCAGGGCGUCACCCCGACCGAAGCGAUCAGCCGCCUUCGCGCCGACGUGAAGGAAACGACGGGCCUGACCGUCUCAGCCGGUGUCUCGCCUAACAAGUCCCUCAGCAAGAUUGCUGCCGACAUGAACAAGCCCGACGGGCAGUUCGUGAUCGACUCGACGGCCGAGGCGUGUCAAGCGUUCAUCAAGGGCGCCAGGUUGCGCAAGUGCUAUGGGAUCGGACGUGUGACGGAGACGCUGCUCAAUGGGCUUGGUCUCGAGACGGUCAACGACAUCUACACGUACCGCAAGAGGCUCUACCUUAUCCGCGACCACCUCGGCAGCUCGGGCGUGUUCAGGUGGCUUCUCAGUCUCUACCUCGGCAUGGGCUCGAACCGUGUCGUUCGUGCGAAACGAGGGGAUCGCAAGACGUACGGGGUGGAGAAGACGUUCACGCCGACUGACAACCGGGAUGCGCUCGAUGACACCCUACGCAAAGUUGCCAAGUCGCUCGCGAAGGACCUCGCUCGCUCCGAGUUCUCCGGUCGCACCAUCACGCUCUCCAUCAAGCACGACACCUACGAGCGAGUGACCCGCGCCUACACGCCGGGCAAGAACGUCUGGAUCCGUUCCUACGAAGACAUCGUCCGUCUCGGCCUCCACCUCCUGCACAAAGAGAUGGACGACCGCGCGGCGGCGAUCAAGCGCGGAGAGAAGGUCAAGGGCGGGAAGGGUUCGAAGUUGAAGGCUAGGUUGUUGGGAUUGAGGAUGAGCAAUUUGAGAGACGAGAGGGAGGUCAAGCGGGGGAACAAGCUGGAUGGUUGGGUCAAGGCGACGCCUUCGAAGCUCCCCGACCUCGAGCUGAGCGACUCGGACUCGGACAUGCUUCACGAGUCGGACGACUCUGAUGGAGAGGGCGACGGCUGGGCCGCUUCGAAGCGGCAGCUCGAGCAGCUCGCCAAAGAAGCCGAGGUCGACCCGCUCGCUGGCGACGACGACUGGGACGACUCGCAUGGCGGUGCUAGCGGCAGCGGGACGGGGAGGUGGAUGGUCGUGGAUGAUGACGACGAGGACGAUGUCGUCCUUUCGGGCAAGACGAGGUCAUUGGUCUCGAGGACCGCGUCGCUUCCGCCCGCUCCGCCGACAACUGCACGCCGCACCUCGUCUUCCUCCUCCGCCGGCUCGACUUCCGCGAGUGCUAAGCACACCACAGCCCGCCAACGCUCGCCUACCAAUUCCCGCGCCUCGCCAACCGCUUCGACCGACUCCCGCCCGGCAAAGAAGCGCAAGACCGACUCGCCGCCGCCGAGCAAGCCCAUCAGCGAGUUUACCUGCCCCGUCUGCCAGAAGACGCUCGUCGGCUCGGAGACGGCCAUGUCGGGCCACGUCGCUCAGCACUUUGAGGCGCCUGCCAAGAAGACGAAGAAGAAGGCGAGUUUGUUGAGCGGGUCGAAGAAGGGUGUCGGCAAGGCUGCGUCGCAGAAGAAGCGGUGA